UGAUUAUAUAAAAUAAUUUGAGCAAAAAUGAGUUCCAAGAAAUUUCUUUUCUUUUGCAUUUCCUUGGCUUUAGUUCUAAUGAUUACCUCGCAGGUGGCCGCUGGGGAGUUGGCCGAGACUUCCAAUUCAGUUGACAAUUCCAAGACAGAUGAAGCAAAUGGCCUAAAAGAAGCCAAGUACCUAGGUGGCUAUGGUGGGUACCCCAGAGGAGGAUAUGAUGGUUAUCCCGGAGGGGGGUAUGGAGGGUAUCCUGGAGGAGGUUAUGGGGGAUACCCAGGUGGUGGAUAUGGGGGCUAUCCAGGAGGAAGGUAUGGUGGAUAUUCUGGGGGUGGAUAUGGAGGGUAUCCUGGGGGUGGCCGUGGUGGUUAUGGUGGAAAUUGCCGCUUUGGUUGUUGCGGCCGAAACUAUUAUGGUGGGGUUGCAAGUGCUGCUACUAUCCUGGUCAGGCUGUGGAUGCUGAGCCUCAGAACUAAUAAAGCCAGCUCCUAGCAAGCUCAUGAAUGCUUAAGCAAGCUCACUGGUGAUAUAUAGCAGUACUUAGUAGUGUGAAGUGCAGAUAAGAGCUUGAUGAGUGAUGUAAUAUGUGUAAUCAUGUGUGACUUCUGUGAGCGCUUUAUAUGUAAUGGCAAUACAUUUUCAUGCAAUUUGAAGAUGGUUCUGUAAUUUUCGACCAUAGAAGACUGAGUAAUAUUAGUAUUCCAUUAGAAGUUGGUUUAUCUAAAUGAGUUACCUA